AUGGCCAAACAGUCUCCUUUCGCACAAUAUCUCACUCCCAAGCUCGUCAAGGACAUCAAGUUCGGAAUCGUCACCUUCGUGGUGAUGGUAGUUCUCAUUUUCCACUACGCGUGGAUCAUGAGACAGUUGGUGAUCCUGCCUGAGCUCCCCAACUCCACGCUUGGGCUCUACUUCGGACUCUUCUUCAUCGACGUGGGAGUUUUGGGGUACCUUCUUCUUGGUAAGUACUACUACCACGUAUAUGCUGAGGAGAUCGCUCAGGAGAAGAAGGAGUUGGAAGAGGCCAAGGCCAAGAAGUCUCGCUAA